CCCACUUUGUGUUAAUGAAAAGGAAAGCUGGAGGGACGGCUACAGAUGAAAGAGCUUGAUUUUCUUAUUAUUAAUAAUAAUAAGUGGCUCCGGGGAAGAGAGAGACUAAUUACGGAUACCAUUGUUAGUUUUCACGCUCUCCUAAGCGGAUGGUUACCGUUUUUUAAAAUAAUUUACAAAUUGGGCCGGCUUUGUUUGACUGUUCUGAGGCCUACAAAGACUAAGUAUGUACCCCACCUGGGGGAAGUAUGGCGUCGGUGCCCAGCAUCCCCCUCCCGUUCCGCAGAACUAUGGCGGCAGUCCUCAUCCUGUUAGAGGGACAGCACCGGUCGGAGGAGGGUAUGGGGGAUACGGACCGCCUGGUGGGAGCUUUACCGGGGGGGCGGCUCCGUCUCAAGGCAAUUUCCAGAGUCUGAGGGAACAGCAUCUGCAGCAAAUGCAACAACUACAGCAGCUCCACCAGAAGCAGCUGCAGUCCGUGCUGCAUCACAAUAGCAGUCCUUAUGGCAUUGGUGGAUGCCCUCCCGAUGCCUGGCAGGGAGGUAGCGCUGGGCCCCCUCCCCCCGGUCCAGGUGUUGCUGAUGGUGUUACUUCUGGGCCCUCAUACCACCAGCAGCAACAACCACAGCAUCAAAUGCAUCAUCCGCUAGUACAACAGCAGCCGCAGCAUCAACAGCACCAACAACCUCCACCACCGCUGCCAGCACCAGCACCAUCGCAAUCACAGCAGCAGCAGCAACACCGGCCAGUGGAUCCUAAACCUCCAGCGCAGCCACCCCCGAAGACAAACCCCAUCAACGCACCAAACCAACCAAAUAAGAGUAGUAAUAAUAAAUACAACGAAAGCGCUCAGCAACAAGAUAACAGUGAUGACAAGCAGGAGCAACCUCCUGAUUUUUCUAAAAUGUCAUUGCAGGAACAACAGCAGUAUUGGUACAAGCAGCACCUGCAGAGUUUGCACAAAUUGAAACAGCAGCAGAAAAAUGAAAACUCUAAAGCAAGUAAGCUUCCAGGAGGAGAUCAACCCCCUGACAACAAGCAGCCUGGCCCACCUCCACCCAUGGAGCCUCCAAAAAAGGAACCCCCACCACCACCUCCCAAAGAAGAGCCCCCUCCUCCGCCCCCUCCAGAGGAGUCUAAGGCCACUGGUAUUACAUCCCAGGAGGAUCCAGUCGAGGCGGCACGUUUGCAGCAUCUUCAGGCUGCAGCAGCUCAGUGGCAGCAGACUCAGCAACAGAGAACAGGCUAUCAAUACCAGGCAAUGAUGCAGCAGCAUGCACAGCUCCAACAACUUCUGGCUCAGUACCAGCAGUUCAUGCAACAGCCAGCACACUUUCAGACCAUGCCUAUGGAUAUGCAGCUUAGACAUUACGAGAUGCAGCAGCAGCAAUUUAUCCCUCUGUAUCAGGAGUGGAAUCGGCAAUUUCUAAUCUGGGAAGAGCAGUUCCAGACUUAUCCACACAAGGACCAGCUGCGUGAGUACGGUUCCCAGUGGAAACAAUGGCAAGAGCAAAUGAAAUCCACCUCUUCCCACUUGCAAGAAAGGCUGACCACUCUUCGUAACAUGCAGCACCAGUUUGUCAGCCCUCCUUAUGUGGGCAACAUGGUAGGAGUGCCCCAGUAUGGACAUUAUCACCAGGCUGCACCAGGAGGACCAGUACCACCACCAGUGGCCUCUGUUCCUCCACUUCCACCAAAGACUCCUGCCGUAACACCCCCCACUCCAGUGUCCCAGGGUCCCCCUCCCCCUCCCCCUCCCGCUCCAGUGUUCCAGGGUCCCCCUCCCGCUCCAGUGUCCCAGGGUCCCCCUCCCCCUCCCGCUCCAUUGUCCCAGGGUCCCCCUCCCGCUCCAGUGUCCCAAGGUCCCCCUCCCUCUCCCGCUCCAGUGUCCCAGGGUCCCCCUCCCUCUCCCGCUCCAGUGUCCCAGGGUCCCCCUCCCUCUCCCGCUCCAGUGUCCCAGGGUCCCCCUCCCUCUCCCGCUCCAGUGUCCCAGGGUCCCCCUCCCUCUCCCGCUCCAGUGUCCCAGGGUCCCCCUUCCCCUCCAGUGUCCCAGGGUCCACCCCCUGCUUCAAUGCCCCAGGGUCCAUCCCCAGCACUGCCUGCCCCACCAGGGAAGGCGAGUACACAAAUUAAUGCCCAGGUGUCUCCCUUGACAACUGCUUCAGCUGAAGCAAAGAGUGGCACUUCGUCUGUCACAGGAAAAUUAGCAACAUCUUUUGCAUCCACAUCAUCAUCAUCGUCAUCAUCAGUUUAUACUUCAGCUGGACCUACUGCUCCUGGUUUGAGACCUUCGGGUGUAUUGCCAACUAUCAAUAAAGUGACCAGGUUUGAAGGCCCUAGAGGCCCUAGAUUUGAUGGUCCUAGAGGGAGAGGUUCCUCUAGUUCUGGUCCACAACCCAGAUUUGAUCAACCUCCCAGAUCUGAACAACUGUCUAGAUUUGGAGCACCAAACAAAUUUGAUCAGUCCACCAAAACUCAAAGUCAACCACCCAAAUCUCAUGCUUCAGGGCCCUCGGUAUUAAAACCACAAGACGGUCAAAUUGAGGGCUCUCUUAAAAGACCUGGAACCACAUCAGAAGAUCAGAGAGAUUCAGAUGUUGGAGACUCUACCUCUUGUCUGUCUGUUACAGAAGAUCUUUUGGAUUCAGAUUGUGGGUUUUUCAUCCCUAAUGAUCCCAUCCCUCAGAGAGUAGGACCAGUGAAGAAACCACAGCAGUCUGGCGGACAGGCUCCAAAAAAACUGCAUGCCUCUGAUACAGCCAAGUCCACUCCUUUAACAGCUUCUGCUGAAACUCAGAAAGAGCCUUCCACUAAUAAAAAUACCUUAAAACCUGGAGAAGAAAAAUACAAGACAGGAGUGCAGGGAGGGUUUAAAGGCACUGAGCAGUUUCCAAAAAAAACAGUACCUUCCAAAUCGCCUAGUAAAUUCUCUGCAGCGGAUAGUCGGAAUACAUCAAUGGCUCCCAAAGGGCUUGGGAGGGGGCAGCCUGCAAUUUCAAAUUUUAAAUCUGUUGGUGUUACUCACAGCUAUAAGCCAUAUGACUAUAGACUUGCAUACAUGGACGGCAAUAAGGACAGAAGCCAGGAUCAGGAGAAUAGCAAUGCAUGGGGGGAUUCCACCAUAGACAGGCAUGAUGCUGAGAGGGAGCAGAUGCCACCUCAAAAUGAAAUGUGGGGUGGGGAGCAAGAUGAAAAGAAACCUUUUAGAGAACAUUAUUAUGAAGGCCGGGAUAGAGAAGGCCCCCCAUUGGAAAGAGAGCUGCUGGAUGACUUUGGGAGAGAGAGACCGUGGGGAGAGCCGGAGCCUGAAUAUUGGGAGGACAGGGAUCCAUACUGGAGGGAGGAAAGACCACCAUUCCAACAACAUUCUCCACUACCCCAUGAGGCCAUGGACAGGGGCCCACCUCGCAGACACCUUGGAGUCAUGGAUAGAGAUCCAAGGGGCCCUCCUUCUAUACCCCAUGAUGUCACGGAUAGGGUUCCUAGGCACACCCCUCUACCCCAUAAAACCUUAGAUCGGGGCUCUCAUUCCCUACCCCAUGGUGCCAUGGAUAGAGAUCCCAGGGGCCCUCAUCCUCUGCCCCAUGAUGCCUUAGAUAGAGAUCCCAGGGGCCCCCAUCUACCCCAUGAGAUAAUGGAAAGGGAUUCCAGACGUGACAGUUAUUUCCGGGAUUACCAGCAGGAGUUGGACCCAGAGCCUGGCAGAUAUGGUAGACCUUAUCCAGAUUACCACAGCAGGGAUUAUGAGCAAGACCAGAAAUACUACAGGCCAAGAGAUGAGUGGGAAAUGGGGGAACGUGGCCGGGAUUACCCACCAUAUCCUCCACGGCUGCCGUCGGAGCACGUUCGAGAGGAGCGCUGGAUAAAUGAAAGGGAUCGGGACUAUUUGUAUGAAAGGGAUAUGAGGGAGAGGGGUGAUAUGAGGGUCAGGGAAUACCCAGAAGGACCAGGCUAUAGGACGGAAGAGCGAGACUACCCACCGGGGAGACCAGAAUGGGACAGAGAGGUCCUGCCUGAGAGGAGUUACAUACCAGAGAUAGAUGACCAGAGACCCUCGUUUGAAGAUUACUUGGAAGGUGCUCCUCCUGGCCAGUCCCCUGCAAUUCUUCCUCCUGCUACUAAUCUUCAUUCUCAGCCAAGUAAUACUUCUGAAAGUCUUAUGGAAGAAUCUUCUCACACAGCACAGAGUGUGCUGGCACUUUCUCAGAGACAGCAUGACAUUAUUCUGAAAGCUGCUCAGGAACUCAAGAUGUUGAGGGAACGCCAGGAGCAGCUGCAGGUGCUAAAUGAUUUUAUUAAACACGAUCCAGCUGAUCCAGUGGCACAGCCAGGGGCCGUAGGGGCAGGAAUGGUGGGGAUGCAGGUCCAUCCAGCAGUUACGACUGCUUUCCAGGCAAGCCAAGUCCCUGAAAGUGGCCUAGUUUCUACAGGUUCAGAGCUUUUGGCCCAUACUGAAGAGAAGCACUGGGGCAGGGAUAAUGUACACAAUCUUUGGGACUCUGGAAGUGGUACACAGGUUACUGAAUCUGGCUUUGGGUUAUCCCACGCUGUACAAGACCAUGCAGCACUGCCAGCAUCAUCGCUGAGCAAACCACCUGUUAUUCCAAAGACUGUGGAUUAUGGCCAUGGACGUGAUGUUUCUACAGCUAAAGUUGAACAGAGGUCCUAUGGAGAGAGGAUUGUUCUAAGACCUGACCCAGUGCCUGUUGAGAGAACAUAUGAGAAAGAGCUGUUGGUCCCCCGGGAUUACGAGAGAGACCCAUACUUUGAGCGUCGAGGAGACCCGUAUUUGGAGCGCAGAGAGUAUGGGAGAGAGAGGGAGCGAGAACGAGACCCAUACUUUGAGAAACCACCUAUGGAUUACGAGAGGGAAAGAUAUGAGAGGGAUCGCUACUCCAGAGAGGAGAGGUUUCCUCCAGGCUCCUUGUCCAGGUCAGUAGACAGAGAGAGAGACCGAAGCAGAGAUGGCAGAGACGGAGAGAGAGACAGAGAGGGCAGAGAUAGCCGAGACAGGGACAUCAAGGACUAUCGAGAUAGCAAAGAGCGCUUUAGCAGAUCUGUACAUGACAGACCAUCCUAUGAUCGUGGCCCUGAUCGGCCGCCGUAUGACCACGGACAUCCUGGAUACGGAGGUGACAGUCGGGGGUACCCUGAAGAAAGAAUGCCUGUUCCUGCUCCCUCUUUGCCUCACCCCCUGCCGCCUCACCCCCCACCUCCUCAGCCACGUGUUGAGAAGAAACCCGAAAUGAAAAAUGUGGAUGAUAUUCUCAAACCUCCAGGCAGGGAGAGCCGACCUGAGAGGAUGGUUGUCAUUAUGAGAGGACUGCCAGGUAGUGGAAAAACGCACGUUGCCAAACUGAUACGGGAUAAGGAGGUGGAAUAUGGAGGGGCACCACCUCGAGUUCUUGGCCUGGACGAUUAUUUUAUGACAGAGGUGGAGAAAGUUGAGAAGGAUCCUGACACGGGAAGACGUAUCAAAAAGAAGGUCUUGGAAUAUGAAUAUGAGCCAGAGAUGGAAGACAAGUACCGCAGUAGUAUGUUAAAAACAUUUCGCAAGACACUGGAUGAUGGAUUCUUUCCUUUCAUCAUCAUAGAUGCCAUUAACGAUAGAGUCAAAUACUUUGAUCAGUUCUGGAGUGCUGCCAAGACUAAAGGUUUUGAGGUCUACUUGGCUGACAUCAGUACAGAUAAUCAGACAUGUGCCAAAAGGAACAUCCAUGGACGUAAACUAAAAGACAUUGCAAAGAUGGCUAGUAAUUGGGAGACUGCUCCUCGUCACAUGGUGCGCUUGGAUAUUAGGUCCUUGUUACAAGAUGCUGCUAUUGAGGAGGUUGAAAUGGAGGAUUUUGAUCCAGCAGAAGAAGAACAGAAAGUGGAGACAAAGGACGAGGAUAUAAAAGAGGAGGAAGGCGAUCUGGGUUACAUUCCAAAAAGCAAAUGGGAAAUGGACACAUCCGGGGCAAAACUUGAUAAACUAGACGGCUUGAGGAGCAGCAACAAGCGGAAGAGGGAUUCGGGGAAAAUGUCAGGAAUGGAAGACUAUCUACAGCUUCCUGACGAUUACGAAACCCGCAGAUCCGAGCCGGGCAAGAAGAGGGUGAGGUGGGCAGAUCUAGAAGAGAAAAAAGAUGCUGACAGAAAACGUGCUAUUGGAUUUGUAGUUGGACAGACAGACUGGGAGAAAAUCACAGAUGAAACUGGUCGGCUCGCGCAAAGAGCACUGAACCGCACCAAAUAUUUUUAGCAUUCAUUUUGAGCCGUUCGUUUUGGAACUUGAGAUUUCCGCCUGUGAAGAUUUAGAACCAUUGUCAACAAGAAGUGGGCAUGCAUUUGGUAACUCUAGUUUUCUGCUGUGAGCCCUUGGAUAUUUCAUAAGUAAUUCAUCAUUUAAAUUUCCUAAAAUAUUUUGUUAUGCCACCAAGUGUAGGCAUGCAUUGUAUACUGAGGCCUCACUGGUGGCUUUAGAUUGUUUUGUUUAAGUUUGUAUUCAUUGUAUGUUUUUAAUGCACAAGUUGUCAGUUCAGCUUUGAUAAAAGAUACUGUAGAUGAAUUAGAGCUACAGACAUGUCUGACCUGAAUUACUACUUCACUGUUUCAAAGUAUAAAGUUUUGCAGAAAAUUGUAAAUAUCAAUAUAGGGUGUAAAAUCAAUCUGGUGUUUCCCAGUACCUGCAUCAGAUUUCAUUGUUUGUCACUUUAAGAAUUAAAAAUGUAACGGUAAAGAACAGUAUCUUGCUGUUUGAUUUUGUUUGUGUGUUAUUUGUUUUUUCCCCACAUUUGACAGAAGUACAGGGUGAUAGAUGCAGACAUUGGCUACAUUUACAAUUGUUGGCACCCAGAGUAAAAUGUUCUUUUUCUAAAAAUUUGAUGUCAUCAUACCGUAGUUUUCUAGAUUUUGAAAGUGUGCGUUCCAAGCGUGGAAUGCCCGGGGAGAGUAGGCCACUGCCAGUUUGGUAUUAAUAACAUUGUUCUGUGCGUCGUCAUGCGUCAGCUGUGAAACGUCUAGGGCUGCUAACUAUGCCUUCUGCAGCACGUAUCAAAUUGUUUACCUCCACCGUUUCCAAAAAACUGAUUUAAAAAAAUGCCCAUCUGCAGUUGUUCAUGAAUUUACUUUGAACCUGAAAACCUUAACCUUUAAACCAUACUGUAGGAGAUAAUAAUGUAUACAGUAUUGUAGUUUUGUCUUUUUAACAGCUACUAUAGUACGCUAAUAAGAUUAAAUAAAAUAGUAAGUAAGAACAAUUAUACAAAGGUACAACCUCUUAAGAGGAACAAAUCUGAUACCAUUCAAGAUUUUAUUUCCCAGUUAUUUUUAUGCAACUGAAGUGAACUGAAAAGGAAAAAAAAAGAUGUGAUUUCUAUGUGUUCAUUUUGUGGCGUAAUUCUACAUCGAGCACAUCUUUGCACGGAUUUCUUGAUUUAGAUGGUCCAUCUAAAAAGAUAUUUUUCAGCAUUCCUCAUUAAGUACUUUGAGUUCUUCAAACAUUUGUGGUUGAGAGUCUCUGCUAGAAACGCGUCUUUGUAGAACAUCUUCUAGGAUUACGGUCUGGAAUCAUCCCUCAUCCUCCGGGUACUGAUUGACCUCCUGGCCUUGUUGAGGACAUGUGUCAUUCUCCAGUUCGGCACACCAAUAUAGUGAAGACAGAGAUUGAUGUAAUCUUAUUUCAAAUGUCAGUAUGCAUAACAUUGUAGCAAAGUUUAAAGGUAUUGUUCAGAAGUUGAAGACACUGUGCUGAUUGUUAUACUAAGCACCUACAA